UUCAUGACAAGUUCUUCAUUACAAGACAAGACAUAGAAACAUAUCCACCAAGCAAUUCACUGUUAACUACUACAUUUGUUUCCGUAGUAUAGACUCCGGUUUGCAUUUCUCUUAGACCAUUUAGACUUGAGAUCAUAUACACACAUAUAUAUAUAUCAACAUCCAAGAUGCCUAUCGCACUUACACCACCUCCGGUUCCUCAGGCCAAAACCCUCGGAGAUGCCAAGGCUCAAUCCACAGACAAGAGAAAGAUUAUCUGCUUUUCAGACUUUGAUGGCACAAUCUUUAUGCAAGACACCGGACACGUUCUCUUCGAUAACCACGGCUGCGGCUCCACGCGAAGAGAGGUGCUAGACGAGCAAAUCAAGACCGGCGAGCGAUCCUUCCGGGACGUCUCAGAAGAAAUGUGGGGAUCUCUAAACGUGCCCUUCGAAGACGGCUUCCAAGUCAUGGAGAAGUCCCUCGAGAUCGACCCGGACUUCCGGAGCUUCCACCAAUACUGCCUCAAGAACAACAUCCCCUUCAACGUCAUCUCCGCCGGCCUCAAGCCCAUCUUAAGAAGAGUCCUGGACACGUUCCUGGGAGAAGAGGCCUCGUCGCACAUCGACAUCGUGGCCAACGAGGCGCACAUCUCGGCCGACGGCUCCGAGUGGAAGCCCAUCUGGCGCCACGACACAGAGCUCGGCCACGACAAGGCGCAGUCCAUCACGGAGGCCCGCAAGGAGGCGGAGACGGCGUGCGACGACGGCACGGUGCCGCUUAUCGUGUUCAUCGGCGACGGGGUGUCUGAUCUGCCGGCGGCGCGGGAGGCGGACGUGCUGUUCGCGCGGCGCGGGCUGCGGCUCGAGGAGUACUGCCAGGAGCACAGCAUCCCGUACAUCCCCUUCGACACGUUCGCGGACAUCCAGCGCGAGAUCGAGCGCAUCCGGCUCGAGGACGAGAAGAAGACGGGCGGCAAGGGCGUGCCGGUGCGCUUCAACCCCCGCGCUAACCUCUGGCGCAGGGUCUCCAGCAAGAACGCCGUGCCCAGAUACGUCGUCAUGUCCCCGACUAAGGAGGACAAGAUGUUCCUCUGGCCCGAGGCCUUCUCCGAGCUCAAGAAGCCAGAGGUCGAAGUCACCGAGACGUCUAUGCCGACGGUCCAGGAGCAUGCUCUGCAGCAUUCGGUGCGGAGCGCUGCUUAGUUGGGGGGAUGGCAUAUAUCAUCGUUGGAUGUCUUUCUUGGAAGAAGACUAUAACUAUUGCAUAUCACGGCGUUCACGUUGGGUUGCUUUUAUUUGUUUGGCAUGGUUCAGCGAUGUGGAGUUACACGAUACCGCCUUGCGAUAGCACGAGGAAAGGAUAGGCGUUUGGGUUAGAACAUACAUAACAUAGCAUGGUGAAGCUUGCGGGAUACAUUUAGAUUAUCUAUCUUAGUUAAAGAGGGUUUUUUUUCUUUCUUAUAAUAGACGAUAUUAUUAUCAGGGAAACUUGAACUGCGGUAUUACAUAGUGUUUGUUUAUUUGUUUGUUUGUUUG